GAUCUUCGCCAAGAGAACCACACAUUUCUACUCUCCAAAAGGACCAAGCAACAUGGACCAGAGCAAAGCCGUCUUAAUGGACCGACCCCCAGUGUACUCUGAAUUGCUGCCACUGCCAGGCAUCCCAUGUCUGGGCAGCUUCAAGAAGCUCUUAUGCGUGGUCCUCGUUGUGGUGGUCCUGGUCGUGGUCCUUCUUGGAGUCCUGCUGAUGGGGCUGCAUAUGAGCCAGAAGCACACAGAGACGAUAUUCCAGAUGUCUCUGCAUGAUGGCACCGAAUCUGCCCUUCGCAAGGAAGGGGUUGCUACGUUUCACCUGGACACUGGGAUCAAUUCCUCAGCUACUGUGGUGUAUGACUACAAUAAGCUGCUGAUCAGCACCCGCCCUCGCCCUGGACGUGGAUGUUACAUCACACGCAUGGAUCCAGAGAAUGUUCCAAGCCUCCAGAGUAUUGCAGAGAAUGUGCUGAGCAAGAUUGGACAGAAAGAAGGUACCUCCCAGCAGCUUGUAUCUGACCUUUCCGUGCUGGGAACGACCAGUCGAGUUUUGUGUGGACAACUUCCCGUGUACUGGGCCUGAGCAUGCAUUAUUCCAUUUGUACUUAAACACAUUUAAGAUUCUACAAUCGUAGUGUGAGUUGUUGGACUCCUCCAUGCGUACAAUGAAAUGAUUCUGUCAUUGGGACACUGUGUAACCACUUUACCUGAAAACCUCAUAAAUCCUGAAUAAAUUAUCACCUUCAAGUAAUCUGUCACUGACAUGUGGUGGGAUCUCACUGUCACCUCCAGAUGUACAGCAUUACCUGCCUUCAUAUAACCUCCACACACUUCAUUACACUUCUACCUACCCUGAAAUUGUGUUUGUCAAAUAUCUAAUCUGCAUUUGUGGUGUCACAUCCUAUAUCGUGACCUAUCACUGCUAGAUGCAAUAUGAUGUAUCUUGUCACAGAUAUUCGUCUUCUGAGCCCUAGGUCCUGCCAACUCCAAACACAGAAACCUAUUUUUCAUCAAAGUGUCAUAUCAAUAUAUAUAUUUUUGGGGGUUUUACACUUUUGUGUCAUAUCCCCCCACAUCGCACAGAGCAUAGCUCCACCGUGUGACCAACACCAAACACAUUGUAGUCCUUCUAUGUCCCGAAUUUGUUCCCUAUGUCCUGUCACCCAUGUUAGACAACACAGUGCAUCUCCUCGGUGUCCAGUCAGCCCACACCAAACACAGAAUAGAUAUUGCACCACUGUUACCACUCAUACUGUAUGACCCACAUCAAAGUUUAUUUCCUGUCUUCCUAGCCACAAUGUAACCCUUACAAUUUAACUUGUGCUCUCCAUCCGUGUGGCCCUCUUCUUAAUGUUCUUAAUCUUCUGCUUGUCUCAUUCCCCUUUCACAAUCUGUUCCCAAUUAUAGACUGCCUCUGGGUUCUGUAUAUACUGGAUUAGCUGUAAUGGUUUUGGGAUUUCCUUACCAGUGAUUUUAUAUUGUCUGUCGUUGAAAUAAAUCAUAUUUCUGAAAAAAUAAAAUGUUCAGCAUGCAGAA